CGCGUGACUCGAUGCACAGGCGCCGGGCCACCGGUGGGAAGCAGAAGGCCUGGAUGAAGAAGCGAAAGUAUGAGCUUGGCCGCCAGCCCGCCAACACCAAGUUGUCUAGCAACAAGACGGUGAGGAGGGUCCGUGUGCGAGGAGGUAAUGUGAAGUGGAGGGCUCUCCGCCUGGAUACUGGUAACUACUCAUGGGGAAGUGAGGCUGUAACCCGCAAGACCCGUAUCCUUGAUGUGGUCUACAAUGCAUCAAACAAUGAGCUCGUGAGGACUCAGACCCUUGUGAAGAGCGCCAUUGUGCAAGUUGAUGUUGCCCCAUUCAAGCAGUGGUACCUAACACACUAUGGAGUGGACAUCGGUAGGAAGAAGAAGGCACCUGCUGCCAAGAAGGAUGCUGCUGAGGGACAAGAGGGCGAGGCUGCAGCUGAGGAAGCAAAGAAGAGCAACCGCGUCCAGAGGAAGCUUGAGAAGCGUAAGCAGGGACGCACACUUGACCCCCACAUUGAAGAGCAAUUUGGCAGUGGAAGGCUGUUGGCGUGCAUUUCUUCCCGCCCUGGGCAGUGUGGCAGAGCUGAUGGGUACAUCCUCGAGGGUAAAGAGCUUGAGUUCUACAUGAAGAAGCUCCAGAGGAAGAAGGGCAAAGGUGCUGCAGCUUAGAGCACAUGCAGCUCCAAGCUCCAAUUAGCCUGUUCAGGAAAUUAGCCCACACGCAGCUCUAAUUCGUCUCUGCAA